CUUUUUAUUGAGUUAAAAAAGUAAAAAAUAACCACUGCUAUCGUGAUAAUCGGUGUACCGUGAAAGAGUCGGCUCACAACUAUUUGUAUCGUGGGAAUUCACUAUCGUUUCAUCCCUACAACAGACCACCAUGCACAAGCAAGAUCUCCGAGCCUGCAGGUAUAUACCCAUCUUCUUGCAGGAGGUUCCCUCGAUGAGGUACGCCGGAUGAGCCUGCGGUCUGAUUGCAGCGAUGCGCUUCUCGCUUGGAAAGGGAGACGCCAAUCUGCUAACGCGAGGUUGCGAUGGGCUCGCCUCCGUGGGAGCAGGAAGAGGAAGCGUUUGCUGGAUUGUUUACCGUCUGUGGGUGGGACUGUUCAGCGGCAGCAACAGCAAAAUUGAGUUUGUCUGUGUGAUUUGUAUUUGGGGCAAGUAAAGCAUCACAGCUCUGUCCUGCAGGUUACUGAAAGGACGAGUGUGCGAGUUUUGUUUUCUUUUCAUGGCGGUAGAAGGCGGUGUGCGGAUUGUACUGUUACAGUAACCCGCUGUGUCGGUAAUACUCGCUACUUAAGUCAAGUGUGAUUGAAUAAAAAACGAGUAUUAUAUUAUUAAUAAUAAAAGCCUGCAUAAGGACAGGAUUUCUGUCACAAACUAGUAGUCAGAGAAGAUGGACUUCAGUAUGUACGUUUCGUUCUUUCAAUACGAGCUCGCCUCUAGCAUCGAGCACGCAGUGAAAGGGACUGUGGACACCGUCUUGUGCGAAAUUGCAAAAGUUGUCGGCAGCAAAUUCACUGAAUUCCAAAUUGAAAUUGCUGGAAAAGAGAAAGAGAAUGAAAGUCUGAAGCUGAGAUUGGAAAUAUCAGAGAGCGAGUUGAAAGCAGUGCGGGAAUGCAUGAACGCUGCAGAUGCAGACAUUAAACAACCUCUCAGAAACAUGAACCCCGACUGCAAUGAACAAGACUAUCCUAGGUAUAAGAACCAGGGAUUGUUCAUCAGAGCUAAAGAUAAUAAAGAGAGGCAGGCUUUCAUUGAAGCAGAUGAGGGGCUAGACGCUGUUUACACACAAGAGGGGAUCUUUGAUCAUGAACAGUGUGCAAGUUUAAUACAGGAUACAGAGCAGACUUCUUUGGAAGGUAAAGAAGCCCCAAGACUUGAGAUUGUCCACAUUAAAGAGGAGGCAACUGAACUGGAACUUGUCCACAUUACAGGGAAAGUUUCUAAAGAAAAUAAAGUCAAUAUACUGGAGGAGAAUAUAGCUAUGCUGGGAUCUAGCCAUUUUGAUGAUUGUCCUCCUGAAUUGGUCCACAUGAAACCCAAUCAGUCUGUGUCUGAAGACGCUUGUUCUAGUGUUGGAGAAGAGGGCACUGUGCUGGGGUCCAUUCAGGGGGAACAUCACACCCCAGAAGAUGGAAAGGAGGACAGAGCAAUGCCAUGCACUAGCAGCACAACAUAUAUAAGAAGAUACAACACCACUCCAGCAACCCAGUGCAAAAUCUCUUCUGAUGGCAAAAUGCAUCGUAAGGAUCACAGAGAUUCAACACCGCAAGAUGAAUAUGUGAAGAAACUGGGAACUCGCUCAGUUCAAAAUCUUUCUGUACAAGAUUGCAGACCACUUACUCUGGGUUAUAUAGUGACUCCACAUCCCGAGGUUGUUAAUAAUUCUGCAACCCAGGGCAACUUCAUUCCCCUACAAACUCCCCUGCAGAUUCCUUCAGAGCAGAUCUUGUAUCACUGUACUGAAUGUGGCACCAAUUUCACUGACCUGGGAAACCUGAAAGCACACCAACAGAUUCACAAAGAAGAGAAACCCCAUCACUGUACUGAGUGUGGAAAAAGCUUCAGAUGGGUAGGUGGGCUUAUAACCCACCAGCGUAUUCACACAGGAGAGAAACCCUACCUCUGUACUGAGUGUGGGAAGAGAUUCAGAGAUUCAGUCAAAUUAAAAGUACACCAGCGAAUUCACACUGGAGAGAAGCCUUAUGAAUGUCCUGUAUGUGGAAAGGGUUUCAGUCGGAGAGACAACCUUAGAAUACACCACAGAAUCCACACAGGAGAGAAACCUUUUGAGUGUACUGACUGUGGGAAGAGAUUUGUAGAGUCAAAUAUGCUAAAGAGACACCGUCGAGUUCACAGAAAUUUAGUCAGUUAGGACACUUAAAAAAAAUAGUUUACAGAAUGCAAUGACCUCAGUCACACCAGAAUACCAAAACAGAGCCACAUUUCUCUCUGUCAGUUUUAAUUGCAAAUUGCAAGUAACUGUUAAAGUAAAUGUAAUUAUAAUAAAAUGUAUGUAAAAUGAAAAAAAAGAUUCCUAUCCUGCAGCACCUAUAUUAUGUAAGAGCAGUGUGUGACUAUACUGCAGCAAUCAUGGAAAAGAAGCAGGAUGACGGUUACUAUUCAAGGAGCAGGUGUCCCUGUAACCGGCUUAUUCCUCAGUGCAGCGGCUGCAUUGACCGACGUGCCUAUCAGCACAGUGCUGGGAGUUCAUGGAAUGGCCAGAUUUGCAGAAAGACAUCAGCAGGAAGCUAUAACUGCAGCAUACAGACCUGUGUCAUGCAUUGUGAUAAGCAAGAGAAGUGAUUCAAAUUGCAUGAGCUGCACCAAUGGACCGUUUAUGGAGAUCACAAUCCUAGUUAACAAAUAGCUACACUUUCCUUGUUUUACACUGAUAACAUUUUAUUUUCUUGCCAGUACAUGGUUACAGAAGCCCUUUUCACACUGGCAUGCUCUGCCUGUAUAAUAAUAAUAAUAAUAAUAAUAAGAUAUUUAACAAUUACAAAAAAAACAUUUUAAAAUAGGUAUGGCUUAAGCUUGAAACCACAAAAGUCAGAAAAUUCCUUACAAACACAAAUGACAAUUACAUUAACUUCAGUGGUGCAGCUUGAAGCCACACCAAUCAUGAAAUGCCAUACCACCCAUAACUCAUCCUGGUUAGGCUUUUAUCAUAGAUACCGAGAUGUGAUGGGCAGGGUAACAUUUAAUAAUAAGGGGAGCAGUGAAAAUGGCAGUGGUAAGAACAUUCAUUUUAAACCUCAGCAACAACAUCUUAACAAGGAAAAGUUCCACUAAACAAUGAUAAUGGGAGCAGAGAAAAAAAACAUCUUCAAUCACAUUUUCACUGCUGCUCUGAUCAUCUGCUUCUAAUGUUAAGGGUGGUUUUAAAAUAAAUAAAUUAGGUUCAAUAACAUUUCCAUUUACACUUCUCCCUGGCAACAAAGAUACAGGGGAGGUGACUGUAUGUUUGUAUUAACUGCAGUAUAUUUGAGACUCGCUCAUUCAGUUGUGAUGAAGCUUGGUAUGGGCAUUCAUUAGCACAAGUGCUUGAGAGUACCCAAAUACUUGUCAUUGUCACCUGCUUUCCCAUUGGUGUUGGCCUCUUAUUAGCUGGGAUAAUGAAGGCCACAGAGCCAUUUCUAAUAUCUGCAUGGACACUUGGUACAAGAAGUUAUUCCAAUAAAGAGCUGUGUGAGUGUAGCUCAUGCUGACAUACUUUUCCACAUCACUGCCAUGAUUGGCUGAGCUACUAAACUCUGUAUUUCAUGAACCCCUUGCCCCGGUUUGAUUAAACUGUACAGAAGUAUUUAUUAUGAUAUAUUCUACAUGCUCUGCAUGUGGGUCAUGGUGAUCUACUUAGAAAUCAGGGGCUCCUUGUCAGUAUUGCUUAGUUGAGCAAUUGAGUGUGUUGCUAAAGAUUUCAAAGAUAUUUCCACUGCUCCUCUUGUCUAUUUACUGGAACUUUUCUGUUGGAAAUGUUCUGCUAUAAUGUUAAGUAAAGGAAGUGUGUUUAAAGCAGCCAUUAAGUAUUUUACAAUAUAGUUAUUAUAUGAACACAUAAUUCAACUGUUUAUUCCAAAAUUAUUAUUAUUAUUAUAGAAUUUUGCUUAACAGGUGCAAUUUAGUAUUCAGUUUCUGCUCAGAUCAUUAUUUACCAGUCGUGAAAAGACUUGAAAAAACUACCAGUUCUGAAGUUCUGAAGUGAGGUGGCUAUAGAAAUGGCCACAACGGGUGUGGAACUGUCAUUUCUGCCCCCUUGAGUUAGCAAAGGCAACAUCUCUAUACGAGAUUAUCAAACAAGUAAGAAAUUAACCAUUAUGAAGAACAAAUAGAUGAUGUGAAGUAACCCUUAAUCCUUUAGGCAGUGUUUCCCAGCCCCGGAGCUGGGGACCCACUGGCUCGAUUGCAAUGAACUGAAAGGAGCGUACUAACUGGGGAUGAUCCCGUGGUUAGUACGGAGGACGGUACUAAACUAGUACGCAAGUUAAUGCCAAUUGCAAUGAACAAAGAAGCUUAAGAUAGUACCCAGCUGCUUAUUAAAAUGUGUCUCAUUUGCAACAAACUCAAAGUAAAUGUUGUUGCCCUCUAGAGGAUGCUAAGUUAGUCUAGCAAUUUCUGUAGACGAAAGAAAAUUAAAAUUCUCUGGUGAUCUGAUUCAAGCAUCCAAAAUCCUAAUAGGUAUAGACAAUGUCGACCCAGGGGACUUUUUCGACCUGAAAAAACAAACAAGGACCAGGGGUCACAAAUGGAGAUUAGAUAAAAGGGCAUUCAAAACAAAAAAUAGGAGGCACUUUUUUACACAGAGAAUUGUGAGGGUCUGGAACUAACUCCCCAGUAAUGUUGUUGAAGCUGACACCCUGGGAUCCUUCAAGAAGCUGCUUGAUGAGAUUCUGGGAUCAAUAAGCUACUAACAACCAAACAAGCAAGAUGGGCUGAAUGGCCUCCUCUCGUUUGUAAACUUUCUUAUGUUCUUCUUAUGUACUAUGAAGCAUAGUGGUGGCAGCAACAUGCUAUGGGGAUGCUUUUCAUCGGCAGGGACUGGGAAGCUUGUCAGGGUAGAGGGCAAAAUGGAUGGAGCUAAAUACAGGCAAAUCCUUGAGGAAAACCUGCUUCAGUCUGCAAAAGACCCAAGACUGGGACGGAAAUUCACCUUUCAGCAGGACAAUGACCCCAAGCACACAGCCAAAGAGACACUGGAGUGGCUUAAAAACAAGAGAGUGAAUGUCCUAGAGUGGCCCAGUCAAAGCCUGGACUUGAAUCCGGUUGAGAAUCUGUGGCAAGACUUGAAGAUUGCUGUCCACCAACGAUCCCCAUCCAACUUGACAGAGCUUGAACAAUUUGCCAAGAAGAAUGGGUGAAUAUUGCACGAUCCAGAUGUGCAAACCUGGUAGAGACUUACCCCAAAAGACUCACAGCUGUAAUUGCUGCCAAAGGUGGUUCUACCAAGUAUUGACUCAGGGGGGUGAAUACUUAUCUAACCAAGACAUUUCAUUUUUUUUUUUUUUCAUUAACUGUUGUUUCACAAUAAAUAUUCUGUUGCCUCUUUAAAGUGUUGAGUAGGUUGCGUAAAGCAAAGGAAAAAAAAUCCCAUUUAAAUGCAUCAAGGUUUGAGGUUGUAACACAACAAACUGUGAAAACAUCCAAGGGUGGUGAAUAUUUACUAUAGGCGCUGUGCAUACGGCAAGAGCGUUGAUGUAAGGUGUCUGAUGUUACAAUCGACCCCAUGGCCAGGGCCAGUUAUAACAUUCUGUGAAGAAUAAUUAAAUAAAUAACAAAAUAUUUAACUCAAGAAUUGAAUGUUUUAUUGAAUAAGAUUAUUUUUCACAUGAAGCAAAUAUGUUUGUUUUUAUUUAACUCAAAAAGUGAAUAUCUUUAUUGAAAAAUAAAAACAUUCACA